UAUUGAAUUUUUGCAUUAGAAAUUAAAAGGUUUAUGUUUGUUACAUCAGUUUAACAUUAUAAACUUAAUCAGAGUUUAUUAGCUAUGGCAGCUAAAAUUGAAAUUAAAAAAGAAUCUGAAGAGUAUGACCAAAAUGAUACAGAGCUAUCCACAUCAGCAGAUCUGGAAGAUGUGAAAAAUGAACCAGGGGAUGAUUACCCAGAUUAUCUUCAGGAGGAGGACAUAAUGGAAAUUAUGAAAACAACAACAGAUGAAGUUUUAUCUCCUGAAGAUGAGUAUAGCAGUAGAGACACUGAUGAAACAGCAUUAAAUAUAAGUAUGAAACCGAAGACUGCUCAAGAAUCCUACAUAUGUCAAAUUUGUUUCAAGCAAUAUACCCGAUCAACUAAUUUAAAACGACAUUUGAAAUCACAUGGAAAAAACCCGUUAAAGUGUGAACUUUGCUUUAAAAGGUUUUCUCGACUAGAAGAUGUGAAACAACAUAUGAGUUUGCACACAGGAGAAAAACCUCACAAGUGUGAAAUUUGCUUUAGACAUUUUUCCCGAUUAGACUAUCUGAAACUACAUAUGAAAGUGCACAGUGGAGAAAAACCUUAUGAGUGCCAAAUAUGUUUUAAACGGUUUUUACGAGAAGAAUAUAUGAAACAACAUAUAAGAUCGCACACUGGUGAAAAACCUUAUAAGUGCGAAAUUUGUUUAAAAGGGUUUUCUCAACAAGGGCACAUGAAACAACAUAUGAAAUCGCAUACUGGAGAAAAACCUCACAAGUGUGAAAUUUGUUUGAAACAGUUUGCUGAGGCACGUAAUUUGAGAACACACUUGAGAUUACACACUGGGGAAAAACCAUAUAAGUGCGAAAUUUGUUUUCAGCAGUUUACUCAACUCGCAAAUCUUAAUCAACAUAUGAUAUCAUCACAUACUGGAGAGAAACUUCGCAAAUGUGAAAUUUGUUCGAAACGGUUUAGACAAGCAGCUGAUUUGGAAACACAUUUCAGAGUUCAUACUGAAGAAAAACCUCACAAGUGUGAAAUUUGUUUUAAGCAAUUUAGCCUAGCCAGUAAUUUGAAAACACAUUUGAAAGUUCACACUGGAGAAAAACCUUAUCAGUGUGAAAUUUGUUUUAAGCAGUUUCCUCACAGAUGGUAUCUAAAAACACAUUUGAGAGUGCACACUGGAGAAAAACCUCACAAGUGUGAGAUUUGUUUGAAACAAUUUAGUGAAUUAGGUACUUUAAAAAAACAUUUGAGAUUACACACUGGCGAAAAACCUCACACUGGCGAAAAACCUCACAAGUGUAAAAUUUGUUUUAAACAGUUUGCUCAUGCACGUAGUUUAAGAAGACACUUGACAAUACACACUGUGACUAAUGAUACAGAAACAAUUUAAUUUUUUUUAAGUUCCACUUCACCCUGUAUUACUUUACGUUCUACGCUUUAGCGAUUGGAAAUAUUCUGGUGUUUCUUCUUUUCUCUUUGAUAUCGGCAGUACUGCCUGUUUUCUUCAUUCUGUCCCUAAAUUGUCAUUCCAUCUUUUCCUUGGGCAUCCUGUACUUCUUCUGCCUAACGGUGACUCUUCUUUUCUGUUCUUUUCUCAGGUAUUUACAUUGUCUACCCCACAUAUGCGUCUGAUUUCCUCACUUCUUACCCUGUCUUGUAGUCAUUUUCCAGCAAUCCUUCUUAAGAUCUUCAUUUCGUAGGUCUCCAGAUAUCUUUGUGUUUUGCUUGUAUCUGUAAAGGAAUUACAACGUUAACGGGGUUUUAUUGUUUUAUAUUGUCAAUGGACCUCUAAGUAUGAAAAACCCGCGGAGUGAUACCAUUUAAAUGGGUGCGUUUUUGAGAAAGGGGUGAAUUAGUCCCUAGGCACAGGGCGAAUUAGGGUGAGUUAUAUGCACUUUUGGUACAAACACGUCUACAGGAAAAUUGUUCCAGGUUAAAUUUACUAUCGAAACGUUACAUUUUAAAGUCAAAUUUUUUUUUUUUUUUUACAAAAAUAUAUUCAAAAUAAAAACAAGAAAAAAACACGACUGGUAGCAAUUUUGUUUUUUUGCCCCAUAACUUUUUUCCACGGGGAUAUGGGUAUAGACAUUACUUCACAGAAAAUAAACGUCAAUCCUUUCUCUUUAAAGUGGUGUUGCGUAGAAGUCUCUAUGAUUUACAGUUUCCAAAAUAUGGUUUUUCAAAGUUCGUCACUCCCAACGAUUUUGGCCCAUUUUCCUCGUUACUUCUCAAACAUUGUUCUGUAACUUUUUUCUACGUAGCUUUAGGUAUAUGCAAUGUUUUAUUUAAUAGGAAGAAAAGUAAAUUAUCUUUAAAAUGGUCUAUUGUAUGAGACUGUACGACUAUUUUUAAGCAAGGUAUGGUUUUUCAAUGUUUUAUACUUUUGAUGAUUUUUAAUAUAUUUUACGAUUAUUUCUAAAUUUCUCGUUAUAACUUUUUUAUUAUAUAUUUAGGUAUAUACUGCCGUGCUAAGCCCAAAGGCGGUAACUGAUUUUUUAUCGAAAAUGAGAUUUUUGUAUUUAUAGGUAGGUUUCAUUAUAUUAUAAUGCUUCUACAAAUCCAAAGACUUUGUAAAUAAAUUCUAGAUACCCAUUAUAAUACUUCUGCAACUCCAAGAACUUUGUAAAUAUAUUCUAAAUACCCUGUUCUUCUACCCUAGAAAUACAACAAUCUCAUUUUCGAUAAAAAAUCAGUUACCGCCUUUGGACUUAGCACGGCAGUAUACAUGGCGCAAUAAAGAAAAAGCUAAUUUUCUUUACUUUAAAAUAAUGUAUUGCAAAAAAUUCUAGGACUAUCUUUUUCAAACAAGACAUGCUUUUUUAAAGUGUGACAUAUACACAUGCAUUAGGUCCCACUUUGCAAUUAAAAACUAUGUUAUAGUAUGCAAUUAUAUUCUUCUCAUUGAAAGAAAUUAAAAAUUUUAAAAUUUUUCUCAAAUUACGGAUACCCUUGGCUAUCCUACUGAUAUCUUGCUAAAAAAUAGUCCUAGAACUUUUUGCUAUACACCAUUUUAAAGUAGAAAAAAAAUAAGUUUUUUUAUUGUACAAGAAAAAAAGUCAUAUUGAGGAAUUUUUAAAAUAAUCCUAAAAAAUAUCAAAAAUCAUUAAAAGUAUAAAACUUUGAAAAAGCAUAACUUGUUUAAAAAUAGUCGUAUAAAUAACCCCAUACAAUAGACCAUCUUAGAGGUAAUUGACUUCUCUUUCUAAUAAAUAUAACUAGAGAUGCGUAGAAAAAAGUUACAGAACAAUGUUUGCGAAAUAAUGGGAAAAAUGGCCCAAAAAUACUGUGAGUGGAGAACUUUGAAAAAUUCUAUUUCAGAAACCGUAAAUCCUAGAGCCUUCUACCAAACGACAUUUUAAAGACGAAGUAUGGAAAUUAUUUUUCACUGAAGCAAUGCCUACACCUAGAUAUAUCCCCGUGAUAAAAAGUUAUGGGGUAAAAAACAAAACUGCUUUCUUUCCUGUUUUUUCUUGCUUUUCAUUUGAAUAUAUUUUUGUAAAAAAAAAUUUCUGUAGACGUAUUUGUACCAAAAGUGCAUAGAGCUCACCCUAAUUCACCCUGUGCCUAAGCACUAAUUCACCCUCUUCUCAAAAACGCACCCAUUUAAAUGCACUCCACGGUUUUUUUAAAUAUAGAGGUCUAUUGACCAUAUAAGGCAGGGUUUCCCUACCUUUUAUGUCUGGCGACCCACCUUCUGGUGUUUUUUCAUAUUCGCGACCCAUACCUCACCUAUGAUGAUAUAAAUGUACGUUAUUCAGCUACUGUAAGAGCCCCGCCGCGACCCACUAGUGGGUCGCGACCCACCGGUUGGGAAACGCUUAUAUAAGGCAAUAAAAUCCCGUUAACGUUGUAGUUCCUGUUAACUCUCUUAUUUUGAACAUAAUCAAUAGUCUAAUAACUUAGUGCUCUUAAUAGCAUUUAAUGUGUCUUGGUUUGUUUAUUUCUACUGCAUCUGGAUUGUAAAUUUAGUAUUGGCUGUGAGUUUCGACGGUAGCACUAUCUCGCGGUUUGAAACUUAUACUUUUCUGAUAAAAUUUAUGUAUGUGAAAUAUGCAAAACGAGAAAAAUAGAUACUUAUCUAGAAAGACACAAAUUAUGAACUGAAAUAUUAUUGUAACCUGAUUACUAAACGAAUACACAGAAUUAAUAGUAAAA